AUGGUUGCGGGGGUGGGUGUGGUGGCUGUCUGGCCCGCUGUGCUGCUCUCAGCCAGGUCUCUAGACAAACUCUACAACUUUGCCGAGUGCUCUGGUUUGCAUCUGAUCUUUGGCCUGAAUUCCCUCCUGCGGAAUGCUGACAAAUCUUGGAACGGCUCCAGCGCUCUGAGUCUCCUUAAGUACUGCGCUGGCAAGAAGUACAACAUAUCCUGGGAACUGGGAAACGAACCCAACAGCUUCAGAACAAUGACAGGCAGGACCAUCAAUGGCAGUCAGCUGGGCAGGGACUAUGUCCAACUCAAGGGUUUGCUGCAGUCCGUGCGCUAUUACACCAAAGCCAGCCUGUACGGACCAAGCAUUGGCAGGCCACGCAGGAAUGCUGUGACUCUGUUGGACGGGUUUAUGAGAACAGCGGGCGCCCUGGUCAGUGCGGUCACGUGGCAACAUUACUACAUAGACGGACGCAUGGCCAAAGUUGCGGACUUUAUGAAAACCAGGCUGCUGGACACACUGUCAGAUCAGAUUGCCAAGGUUGUGCACAAACGGGCUCCUGGUAAGAAGGUGUGGCUCGGGGGAGUGGGUCCAGCCUGGGCCAGUGGAACCAACAAUCUUUCAGAUACGUACGCAGCGGGUUUCCUGUGGUUGCACACGCUCGGAAUGUCAGCUAAACAAGGGAUUGACGUUGUGAUCCGGAAUUCAUUCUUUGACCAUGGAUAUAACCACCUGGUGGAUCAGAACUUUAACCCGUUACCAGAUUACUGGCUGUCGCUGCUGUACAAGCGAUUGGUGGGAACCAAGGUUCUGACUGUGCACGUGGCGGGCCUGCAACGCAAACCCAGGCCAGGGCGCAUCAUUAGGGACAAACUGCGGAUUUACGCCCACUGUACACAUUUCCGCAACCAUAAUUACCCGCGAGGGUCCAUCACCAUUUACAUCAUCAAUCUGCACAGAUCAAGAAAGAAAAUCAAACUAACCGGGGCUCUGAGGGAUAAAACAGCUCAUCAGUACCUCCUGCAACCGCACGGGACACAGGGUUUGCAGGCAAAGUCGGUGCAGUUAAAUGGUCGGCUGCUGGCAUUGCUCGAUGAUGAAACGUUCCCGGAGAUGAAACCCAAAACACUGCGGGCAGGUCGCAUCCUGGUGGUGCCUCCUCUCUCUAUCGGCUUCUACGUGGUGAAGAACGCCAACGCUCCUUGCUGUAAGUUUCGGUAGCCACUCUGCCUGGCCGGCAGCCCAGCCACUCCGCCAAGGGGAGGAGAAGGACAGCGGCGUUUCUAGUCCUGAUCCUUCUUCUGACAACAGGACCUGAAAAAGGAGAGGAGUCCCCAGGAAAUGGGACCUUUCCACCCCACUCCUGCCCAACUCAAUCCAUCCCCAGUUCACUCUCUGUCAACCCAACCCCCACCCAACCUGAUCCAUUCGAGUCCAACUUGCGCCAAUGCAGUACAUUCCAACCUGCGCCAAUGCAGUCCAUUCCAACUUACAUCAAUGCAACCCACUCCAACCUGCGCCAAUGAGGCCCAUUGCAUCAUGACCAAUGCAACGCGCUGUAACCUGCACCAAAGCACCCACUGUGACCUGUGUCGAUGCAACCCACUCCAAACCUGCACCAGUACAACACACUGCAGCCUGCACCAACGUAAUUUUCUGCUGCCUGCACCAAUGCACCUCACUCCAACCUGCAUCGAUGCAACUCAUUCCAACCUGCACCAAUGUAACCAGUGCAAUCUGAACCAAUGCAACCAAAUCUAAUCUAUAUGAACACAACACAACCCCCAACCAACCCACUCACCCUAAUGAAUCCACCCCAUCUCAACACAGUCUAUCCACUCCACUUGAAAUCAAUGUACCCUCACCCCAAUCUAUCCUCUCCCCAAUCCACCUCCUCUCUGAACCAACGUACUCCACUGCAACCCAAACCAAUCUACCCAUUCAAAUACACCUCAGCUCACUCAUUCCACCCCAACCUCUGCUCUUACCAAUCUCACAUCACACAGGCUGACUGUGUGACUGACCAGUUCUGCGUGUUUUAAUGAUUUUGAGGGUAUUCUCUUCAGGAGACAAAAGAGGACUUUAUGAUCUAAUUGUGUGUGCAAGUCUGGAUUGUACACCACAGUCAGUAUCUAGGCAGAAAAGGGCUUUUGUUCUAUUGGGAAGACAGACGUCAUCCAGUGGAAACCUCAACAGCGCUCUCCUAACUACUCAUGGCAUCCUUUCCACCCCCUCUGCUCUGCAGGCUCUGGCCUGCUCCUCGUUCCCCCAACCAGCCUAACCCGCCCCACCAUUGGCAGUCGCACCUUCAGCCUCUCUG